CGAUGGUCUACGUUCUUGAAAACUUGAAGACUCGAAUAUAUCUGAAUCUAUUCUGUGUUCACAUUUCUUAUGAUACUUUAUUAUCGUACACGAAUAGCUAACUCGAAAUCAGCGGAGAACCAGAUAUUCUCCUGAUAAUAUCCCCCUUCUAAAUCCGCAGGUUUUGGGUAAUUCAAUAUUUAGUGAAAAUAUGGAUGCUCCCGAGCAAGAUCGAGAUAGGUAUAUCCAGAAGUAUUCAUCAGACCUAGUCUCAGAUUUUGAUCGUUCUCUUGCUUCAUUCUUGACGAAGCCUAACGGUCAGCUUCGAAGGCGUGUGCGGAAUAGGGAAACAGCCAGACUGACAUCCCAUGUCUUGGAGCCAUUUCAAGAGUUACCACAACUACUUGAUCCACAGUUACCUAAAUGGUUGCCAAGUUUAGCGGGAGCAUACCUGGGAUGUCUGCGAGACCAUCGUAAUUAUAGGUCGCUAUCUACACGAUCACAGCUUCUACUUCCUCUUUCAAAUGCCAUUUGCCAGAUCCUCUAUUCAUUCUGCAAGAUCCGAGGAGAGAAGGUUAUUGUCAUGUUUCUUAAUGUGGAGACGAAAUAUCUAGAGCUUCUCCUACUCGCCAUCGAAGACUCGGAGCGCGAGACUGAUUCGGCAAAUUCGUGGACCUGGCACGAACGAUACAUUGUCCUUCUCUGGCUGUCUCAGCUGUUCUUCGCCCCGUUUGAUCUCUCAACUAUAUCUUCUGGCGAUGCCGACGAUCUCGAUCGGUCUAUUGUACCUGGAUUUGAGUGGCCGUCUCAGAUUCCAGGUAUCACUUUACGAGUAAUCCCUCUAGCAAUCAAAUAUCUUGCAUCACCAGGAAAAGAAAGGGAUGGAGCCAAAGCCCUCCUAGUCCGCGUUGCGAUGCGAAAGGACAUGCAGGAGCUAGGCAUCUUGAAUGCUCUUGUCAAAUGGGCCCUAUCGACCCUAAACCCUUCGAAAGAUCAGCCAGUUGAAUCCCCGUACUAUUACAUCGGCACUCUAUCAUUCCUGGCUGGGAUACUUAGUGCUUCAGCAGAUACGUCCAUCAUGGAUCCAUAUCUGUCAGCCAUUUUCAACGCUACACAAUCUAUUGACACGGAAGAAAAUGCUGCUUUCGAUGUUAUCAAGGAAUCCGCGCUUGCUCGGAAGAUGUUGAUCAAGGUCAUGCGUUCGGUUGUCACUCUAGUAUUACGAAAGACGGAACAGACUGCUUCUGAUACCGAAAUGGUAGAGAUAUCGAUCAGCUAUCUUCUGGGAAGGUUAGCAGACAAUGACACCCCUGUGCGACUUGCUGCCAGCAAAGCCCUCAGCAUUAUCACGCUUAAGUUAGAGCCUGAAAUGGCCUCCGAGGUUGUUGAGGCUAUUCUAGGAACACUCAACCAGAAUGUCCUUUGGGUGAAGAAUAAGUCAAAUCCAUCUGCUCCUCCAACUAAGGAUAUUACAGCGGUUGACCCGUUGGAGUGGCACGGUUUAAUGCUUACUCUGUCCCACCUUCUUUAUCAGAGGUCACCACCGGCCGAGAAUCUGUCGGACAUUAUUCAUGCUCUAUUAAUGGGACUUUCCUUCGAAAAGCGAAAUCCAUCAGGGGGUUCAAUUGGCAGCAACGUCAGGGACGCGUCUUGCUUUGGUAUAUGGGCCCUUGCUCGUCGGUAUAGCACGUCUGAGUUGCUUCAAGUACAGACAAAAUCCAUCUUAGUCGCUAGGGGGCAUGAUCCUACAGCCUCGAUAUUACAGGUGGUCGCGACCGAAUUAGUUGUGACUGCUUCGCUUGAUCCCGCUGGAAAUAUCAGGCGUGGUGCAUCCGCCGCCCUUCAGGAACUGAUCGGUCGACAUCCCGACACCGUAGAGAAGGGUAUUUCCGUUGUGCAGACGGUCGAUUACCACGCCGUCGCCCUGCGUUCAAGAGCGAUCCAUGAAGUCGCUUUACAGGCAACUAGACUCUCACCGCACUAUGGACGUGCACUUUUAGAGGCGACCCUUGGAUGGCGAGGUAUUGGGGAUAUGGACGCAGGGGCUCGAAGAGUAGCAGCCUCUUCCUUUGGUAAUCUAACAGCAGAAGUCAUCAAAGUCGAGACCUCCAAUCCUACAGAGCGCUUUAAGGAAUCCAUCGACUUGCUACUCUCGCGACUUCGAGCUCUGCAAGUGAGACAAGUAGAAGAGCGGCACGGACUCCUACUAAGCCUUGCGACUGUCCUCGACCUGCUUCCUUUACUUCCCAAUGAAUCCCUUCGAGAUACACCAAUAACUGAAAUAUGUGCUGCUCUGAAAGAAAUCCUACAGGAUGCCAAGACUAAAACCUACAGAAAACCGGAAUUAAUUGCAGAGGCUACCGCCGGACUGGCGGUGUCCGGAGCGCCAGCUCUUUUGUUAAACGUUACACGAGGAGAGUCUCGACUUGAAAAUUUGCAGUCCGGUCCCUUUAUUGUUGAUGAGGCUAACUCGGCGGCCUUGAGAUCGGUCGCGGAGUUUUUAGACACAUUGCAAGUGGAUCGUCCGAAGCAACUCGAUGAGAUAUUGGCUAUUUUGCAGGAUAAUCUAAACACAUGGCUUGACAGAAGUGAAAGCGAAGUAGUAAAAGCCUCGUCCAAAGCCGCAUUGAUCCUUCUUCUCUUUGCUCACCGGCAACAGUGCAUGCAGAUCAUUGAGACAUGGGCCAAUAAAGUGCGCCACACGCCAGCAACACGCAGCAAGCACGGUGACGGGUUCUUCCAUGCUCUGUCCGGUGCGUACCAACUUCAGCAGUACCGACACGACCAAUCAGAAGGUGUUCUGGUGGGAAAUGUCCUCGCAGAACGAUGGAAUUCAGACAACUACAUCGAGACUCGCGUCGCUAUUCUCCAGAGCCUAGUCGGUAGAUCAAUCCUCAAAGACAGAGCAUUGGAUUUCCUAGAUAUCGUCUCAGGAGGUCUUGACGAUUAUACCACAACUGCUCGUGGCGAUAUUGGCUCUCAUGUGCGACUAGAGGCGAUCAAAGCAACCAAGACUUUAUGGGACGCGAAGAGAGAUGACGAACAGGUUAUCUCGGUUCUAUUCCCCCGCAUACUCCGCUUGGCUUCUGAGAAACUAGAUCGAGUUCGUAUUGUGGCGCAGUCUGUGCUGGCUACGCUCUUGGAAUCGAGACACGCUAAAAUAUUCUCUGGGUUAUCUUUCUCUUCGAAAGAUUACUUCGACUUUCUUCUCCGUCUUUGCAAUGCAGAGCGACUAGACCAGGGUAUAGUCAAAGUGUGGACGCCCGACGAAGAGGACUGUAUAUCAAUAUUAUUAGCGGGCUUGGUAACCUCAGCCGACACAGGUAACGAAGAUCUAGUGAUAGUUAGCAGAGCUGCGCUUGCCGACUUCUGCGUAGACUCGUCUGAGAAUCUAAAGCGGAUAUGUGCUGCGCUUGUUCACAAUCUCAAGGUAUACCAGGGCCAGGACCGAAUCGUAAUCCCUACGCUCGAGGUCGUGGCGUACUUAUUCCACGCCGGUCUGCUGCAGCUCUGCCCCGAAAUUAACCUGAGGCAGCUGUGCGUGCUAGUGCAGAAAGCGGCGUACAAGACCGGAAGCGUGCGUAAGCUCGAGGCUUGCAUUAGGGUCUACGGCGCCAUCGCGGCUGUUGACGUGAACGAUCAAGUAGCGGGUGAGAUGGUGACGAAGAGGCGCGAAGGCGUUCUUGAGGCGAAGAAGAGGCUCGGCGCUCUAAUGACGCAUCCAUGGCCUCGGGCAAGGUGCCUAGUUGUCGACGAGCUGUGGAGUUUGACGGAUGAAUAUGAGAACGCAGAGAUGAGGAAGUUAUUGACUGUGGAUUGGAGUAAGGCUGAGAAGUCUUACGUUAAAAAGGUUGUUGGAGAGCUUGGGCUUGAGUAGUAGAUCUUAGUGCUAGAUCCUAUGCAUAUUUUGAGCGUGAGACUGACAAAUUAAUCAUCAACCUUGAACCCACCAAAGGAACACUUGUGAUAGAUUAUUACAUCCCAUUAAAGACUUAAUAAGUUGACCAGCCUACCACAAAUCUCGGGGAACGACACUCGUGAAACAUGAGGUAGUUUGACAGGAAAUUAUACGAUCACACAAACACAUUGAGGGAUAUAAGA